ACAAUGAUUUGGACGGUCCGCUGCCUAAAGGUCGAUUCUUUCAGAAUAAUGCUCGAGCAGAGUGGUUUCAACACAAUAAAGGAGGGCAAAACCUAUGAAGGACGAGGAGAAGGAAGUCCCAAUCAAGAAUCUAUUCUCGAUACUAAAUUUUGAUGGGGAGGCUGUAUUUGAACAAUUUGAUGGGAAAGCUAUUUAUGAAGAAAUUAUUGAUGCCACAGAAAACUUUGAUGAGAAAUAUUGCAUCGGGACAGGAGGAUAUGGUAGUGUCUACAAAGCGCGGCUUCGAACGGGUCAGGUAGUAGCCGCGAAGAAGCUUCAUCCACAGGAAGAAGUAGUUGAUGAAAGAGGCUUUCAGAAUGAGAUCCAGGCAUUAACUAAGAUGCGUCAUCGUAACAUAGUGAAGUUGUACGGGUUCUGCUCUCAUGCUCGAUGCAUGCUUCUCAUUUAUGAGUACAUAGAAAAGGGAAAUAUGUCAGCCAUUUUGAGCAGCCAAGAAGCAGGCAUGGAGUUGGAUUGGAAUAGGAGAGUAAAUGUCAUUAAGGAUGUAGCGCAUGCUUUAUCCUACAUGCACCAUGAUUGCAAUCCUCCUACUGUACAUAGAGAUAUAUCAAGCAAGAAUAUCUUGUUAGAUUCCAACUUUAACGCCUAUGUUUCAGACUUUGGAAUUGCAAGGAUUUUGAAGCCUGAUUCAUCAAACUGGAGCGCAUGUGCAGGCACGCUUGGAUAUAUGGCGCCAGAGAUUUCAUAUACAAUGAAGGUCACUGAGAAAUAUGAUGUAUACAGUUUUGGUGUGGUCAUACUGGAAAUACUACAAGGAAUGCAUCCAAGUGACCUUAUAUCCUCAUUGCCAUCGUAUGGUCAGAACAUGUUUCUUAAAGAUGUGCUAGACCCACGUAUCUCACUUCCCAUGCUUCAAGCUGCAAAUGAUGUGAUAUUAGUAGCUAAGAUAGCACUUGCAUGCAUACAUGCUAAUCCAGAUGCUCGACCAACAAUGAAAUAUGUGUCCCAACUAUUCAUUGCCAACAAAGAUCAAAGAUUGUUAGAGUAUUUUCAUACAAUUAAACUACAUCAAUUAAUGGAUUUACAAGUGUAAGUUGAAUUUUGGGUGGCCAAGAGACAAGCAGCAUGGGUGUUUGUGUAGGAUCUAUUGUGUUCCUUGUAUGACACUUAAAAAUAUCAAUGUAUCCAUAUAUUGUUACAAUGUUAUAAUUAUCCUAGAA